AGUAAUAAUACUGUAAUACGAAAAUAAAACAGCGGAUAAAGUGAGUAUUGUCUAUUCCCAAAUAGAAAUGCAAACCAAGGUGAGCUUCCAUUUUCCAAUAGACUGGCAAUAUCCGGCAGGGCGCCGGUUGCCGUACUACUGCUGUGUGCGAGCCGGUUUCCAUUCCUAUACACCCACAGCCCCUGCCCCAGCCCUAAUUUUCUGCACAAACCCUAACCUUACUUGUCGGAAAUAUUCACCGGCCAAAUUUACAUCUUCUGCAAAAUGGGGUUCGAACGCUUCGCCAGACGGCGUCGAGGUUUCGUGUUCGGAUGGCUUCUCUGAGGCGGGCGGGGAAGUUGUACUCGAUGAUGGCAUUGAACUUGUGAUUGAAAAGACGGGCAAAAAUCAACGCACGAUUAGGUCCAAAGUUGCCGUGAAUGCCAGCCUCCAGACUGUCUGGGACGUCCUGACGGAUUAUGAAAGAUUAGCAGACUUCAUUCCUGGUCUUGCAGUCAGCCAGUUGCUUCAGAAAGAGCCCAAUUUCGCCCGUCUUUUUCAGAUUGGACAACAAAACAUUGCAUUUGGGAUGAAAUUUGAUGCUAAAGGUAUUUUAGAUUGUUACGAGAAAGAUCUCCAAAUCCUUCCAUAUGGUCAAAGGCGUGAUAUUGACUUUAAGAUGAUAGAAGGUGACUUUCAAGUCUUUGAAGGAAAGUGGUCGGUUGAACAGUGCAAUACAUGGGGAGAACCUCGUGAUUCUUCAGUAUGCCAAGAAUUACAUACAACUCUAUUCUAUGUUGUCCGCGUGGAGCCUAAGUUAUGGUUGCCCGUACGCAUUCUUGAAAGUAGAAUCUGUAACGAGAUCAAAGUUAACCUAACUUGUGUUCGAGAAGAAGCACAGAGAAUGUAUCACAGCAAUCGUCCAUCUGUUUAGUGGCUUUGUAAUUAUUAUACUAUUGUUAAUUCCGUUUUUUUUUUUCUUCUCACAAAUGAAUUCUACAUUUAUUAGACCUUAAUUCGAGAAUUGGACACAAUUAACAGGGAUGAAAUUACAAUGAUUUUUUACCAUGGAAA